GGGGCGGGCUGCGUCGGGAGGCGGAAGCAGCCGCAGGCAUGGCGGCGGCCGUGCGGCUGGUCCUCCCGCUGCUCCUGCUGCUGCUGCUGCUGCUGCUCCUGGGACCCGGCGGGGGUCGAGCGGAGCCCCCGCGCGACAGCCUGCGGGAGGAGCUGGUCAUCACCCCGCUGCCUUCUGGAGACGUCGCCGCCACGUUCCAGUUUCGCACGCGCUGGGAUUCGGACCUGCAGCGGGAAGAAGUGUCUCAUUAUAGGCUCUUCCCCAAAGCCCUGGGACAGUUGAUCUCCAAGUAUUCUCUGCGAGAGCUGCACCUGUCAUUCACGCAAGGCUUCUGGAGGACGCGGUACUGGGGGCCACCCUUCCUGCAGGCCCCUUCGGGUGCGGAGCUCUGGGCCUGGUUCCAGGACACCGUCACUGACGUGGAUAAGUCUUGGCAGGAGCUUAGCAACGUCCUCUCCGGGAUCUUCUGCGCCUCUCUCAACUUCAUCGACUCCACCAACACCGUCACUCCCACGGCUUCCUUCAAACCGCUGGGACUGGCCAACGACACUGACCACUACUUCCUGCGCUACGCUGUGCUGCCGCGGGAGGUCGUCUGCACGGAGAACCUCACCCCCUGGAAGAAGCUCUUGCCCUGUAGCUCCAAGGCAGGCCUCUCGGUGCUGCUAAAGGCUGACCACUUGUUCCACACUAGUUACCACUCGCAGGCUGUGCAUAUCCGCCCCAUCUGCAGAGAUGCCCGCUGCACCCGUGUCUCCUGGGAGCUGCGACAGACUCUCUCCGUGGUCUUUGAUGCCUUCAUCACUGGCAAAGGGAAGAAAGACUGGUCCCUCUUCCGGAUGUUCUCCCGGACCCUCACAGAGCCCUGCCCCCUGGCCGCAGAGAGCCGCGUCUACGUGGACAUCACCAGCUACGGCCAGGACAACGAGACCCUGGAGGUGAGCCCGACCCCCACCUCCACCUACCAAGACGUCAUCCUGGGCACCCGGAAGACCUACGCUGUCUACGACUUGCUGGACGCGGCCACAAUCAACAGCUCCCGCAACCUCAACCUGCAGCUCAAGUGGAAGAGGCCCCUGGAGAAUGAGGCGCCCCCAGUGCCCUUCCUGCACGCGCAGCGGUACGUGAGCGGCUACGGGCUGCAGAGCGGGGAGCUGAACACGCUGCUGCACAACACGCACCCGUACCGCGCCUUUCCCGUGCUGCUGCUGGACACCGUGCCCUGGUACCUGCGGCUGUACGUGCACACCCUCACCAUCACCUCCAAGGGCAAGGAGAACAAGCCAAGUUACAUCCACUACCAGCCUGCCCAGGACCGGCUGCAGCCACACCUCCUGGAGAUGCUGGUACAGCUGCCGGCCAACUCCGUCACCAAAAUCACCAUCCAGUUCGAGCGGGCGCUGCUCAAGUGGACUGAGUACACACCGGAUCCCAAUCAUGGCUUCUACGUCAGCCCGUCGGUGCUCAGCGCCCUCGUGCCUAGCCUGGUGGCAGCCCGAGCCGUGGACUGGGAAGAGAGCCCGCUCUUCAGCUCCCUGUUCCCGGUGUCCGACGGCUCCAGCUACUUCGUGAGACUCUACACGGAGCCGCUGCUGGUGAGCCUGCCCACGCCCGACUUCAGCAUGCCCUACAACGUCAUCUGCCUCACGUGCACGGUGGUGGCCGUGUGCUACGGCUCCUUCUACAACCUGCUCACCCGCACCUUCCACAUCGAGGAGCCCAGCAGCGGCGGCCUGGCCAAGCGGCUGGCCAACCUCAUCCGGCGGGCGCGGGGCGUACCCCCGCUCUGAGGCUCCCCCCCUGGUCACAACCCGGCUGCCUUUGUCUCCUGGGAGCGGUCGGCACUGCCUCCUGCCAUCUCCCAGGUUGGCUCUUGGGCCAGACUUGCCCCGGCCAGGCGCCUCCAGCUGUCAAAGCCCCCAUCAGAGUUGGCGGCUGAGCUCAGAACAGCGUCCCUUCAAAAUUCACUUCCGGGCGCAGAGAGGACUCACAGCCGGGGCUUUACACGGGGGCGCCCAGGUUUGCUCCUCAGCACUCUACAGUCCCCGGAGCACCGAGCCAGGGGUGGUCCAGAAGCCAGACAGCCGAAACCAGACUUUGUUCACCCGGACUGGCCGUAGUUCUCCUGUCUCGUCUUUUUGCUUUGUUUUGUUGGCGGUGCUGAGCUGGACCCGGGCUGUCCCCCACGGCAGAGCAGCCCCCGGCCUGUGUUUGCCGUAUUUCAGGUCGAGCUGGUGGCCUCUUCGGGGUAGCAGAGAACCAUUUCCAGCAGAAGUGCUACGGAGAGCUCCGUCAGGCCAGCUGGCCUUGCAGCGGGGCGGAGGUGGGCAUUUGCUCCCCUGCGU